UGAUUUUGGUUUAACGAAACCUGCAAUUGUACCAGUCGAUUCAAGCUCAGUUGUAUCCGAAUUAUACGGUGUUAUGCCAUACAUUGCUCCUGAAGUAUUACAGGGUCAUCCAUUUACCAACGCUGCCGACAUAUUUAAAAUUAUUCCGGGAACACCAAAAUGUUAUGUUGAGUUGAUGGAAAGCUGUUGGAAAAUGAAUGAAUUCGAACGACCCACCGUUCAAAUGGUGGCCCAUAUUUUAUUUUCAUGGACAAAAGAACUUUAUAAUACAAAAACUGGUGAUUUUUAUCAACAAUUCAAAGAAGCUGAUGAAAAUAGUCACAUAAAAAGUCCGAUAAUUUCAAUACAUCCUCAGGCGAUUUACACUAGUCGUCCUCUUAGGCAAUUCACUAGACACAUUACAUUACCAUAUGAUGAAUCGUUUGAGUCUAAUAGUUUUUGCGAAAAUUCUAAGCAUGAUUCAACAGGUCCACUGAUUCAGAGCGAGGAUAUUUAA